AUGGCUCCUCCGCCCAACGCGAGCAUGCCUCUGCAAGAGAGGCUUCUGCAACUGGCCAAGACGCUGCAAUUUGCAUGGUUUAUCGGGCACAUGACGCUCAUCCUGACCACUGUCCGAUACGCCUUCUCCUGGAUGCGCAUCAACUACUAUAGCGGCGUGGCCAAGUUCUCCUACCGCACGUCCUUCCUCGCCGCCGCCGUUACGUACGGUAUCGUUGUCUACAAGACCCAACGGGCUCGUGCCAAGACGGGCAACAAGAUGCCUGGGGGUGUUGUUGGCCUGCUCUCUGACGAGAAUAUGCAGUACCUGCUCAUGGCCCUCGUUUGGCUCCUCUCUCCCCAGUAUCCUCUUGCGCUGCUUCCCUACUGCGUCUACUCCAUCUUCCACGUGGCGACAUAUACUCGUGCCAAUUUGAUUCCAGUCCUCCAGCCUCCUCCACCCCCGGCAGAUGGUGCUUCCCCCCAGCGGGUCAGCAACCCGAUUGCCGACAGGAUCGGUGCUUUUGUCAAGGAGUACUACGACGCUUCCAUGUCCAUCGUCUCGGGUCUGGAGAUUCUCCUCUGGUUCCGCAUCCUGCUCUCGGCCAUUCUGUUCCAACGUCGCUCCUGGAUUCUUCUCGGUCUGUACACCGGCUUUCUCCGAGCUCGAUACUCCCAGAGCACUCACGUUAAGAACUCCAUGUCACAGCUGGGAGCUCGAGUCGACUCUCUUGUCGGUGCCCAGGGAACCCCUCCUGUCGCCCGCCAGAUCUGGGAGACUAUCAAAAAUGCCGGCCAACAGUUUCACGACGCUACCGACCUUGGCAAAGGCGCUGCCGGGCCUUCUCCUGCCAAGAAGACCUCGUAA